GCUUCAGCUCGCUGGGGUUUGGGGUGGCAGUUAGGUUGGGGGUGCUACGCGGCAUUAGUGCUCCCCACAGCUCUCGGCGGCUGAGCUUCCUGCACGUGGACGGCGCGGCGCGUCCUGCGGUGAGGCGGCGGCGGCGGCGGCCGGGACGGGCGCGCCCUCCUCCUCGAGCCCGUGCUGCGCCGACCGUGACACCGCGGCCCUCGGGCGCCGCCGGAGCGCGCUUGGCCCCUCGCCAGAACCGGUGUUGUCUAUCCUACGCCUGACCUCGCGUCGGUUCGUAGUUCUCUCGGUGGCGACGUCUGAAGACUAUCGGGAAAAUAGCACUGUAGCUGCGUCAGUGUGUAAUGAUGCCGUCCCGAACCAACGUGGCUACUGGAAUUCCUAGUAGUAAAGUAAAAUACUCAAGGCUCUCCAGCACAGACGAUGGCUACAUUGACCUUCAGUUUAAGAAAAGUCCUCCUAAGAUCCCCUACAAAGCCAUCGCACUUGCCACUGUGCUGUUUUUGAUCGGUGCCUUUCUUAUUAUCAUAGGCUCCCUCCUGUUGUCGGGCUACAUCAGCAAAGGGGGGGCAGACCGGGCCAUUCCAGUCCUGAUCAUUGGCAUUCUGGUGUUCCUGCCAGGAUUUUACCACCUGCGCAUUGCCUACUAUGCAUCCAAAGGCUACCGGGGUUACUCCUAUGAUGACAUUCCGGAUUUUGAUGACUAGCACCUCAACCCCAAGAAGAGUUACGGUGGAGCAACACCCAGCUUUUACAAUACUGAGUGGAAACCAUGGCUAAGAGCUGAGGAAUUUUACAUUUAGUAGAUGUUUAACAAAUAAGUGGCCAGAUUUUAUGGGUCCAUCCUGAAGAUGUUUACUGAGCUUACAAUUCACUAAUUAAGGCACGUUCUUGUAUUCAUCUCCUGGCUCUGGCUAAAGCUCAACAAGUUUUUCCACAUGAGCAUGUACAUGGAAGAACAGCAUUGUUAAUUGUCUCGGAAAGCAGGGCGUGACUGUGUAGUGGAAAGCAGUAGUACAACUACCCUCUCUUAAACAGUCUUCACUGUCACUUUGUCUUACAGCAAAUGGAAAUACGCAGACUGUAAUUUCCUUGUUAAGUAUUUAUUUUUAAGAUACUUCAGAACCUUCCCCCUUCUGCAUAUCUGCACCUUCGUGUUCUAUGGGAAACCUGGGUAAAAUCAGGUAUCAGUGUGAGUCCUUCUGUAAUAUUUUUACUUGCUUUGUUAUUGACAGCAACCAGGAAUUUUUUGUACCAUAGAGUGAGUUUUCAAAAUACAAACAUUGUCUCUGACGACCAG